AUGGCUAAUUCGAUCGCCUCUUCUCCUCAGCUUCCAGCUAUGUUUGUGUUUGGAGACUCAUUAGUUGAUAGUGGGAACAAUAACUACUUGACUUCUAUUGCGAAGGCAAACUAUUACCCCUAUGGUAUUGAUUUCUCGCAAGGGAUAACUGGGAGAUUCACUAAUGGAAAAACAACAGUAGAUGCACUAUGUGAUCGCUUGGGCCUUUCAUAUCUUCCCCCAUACACUAUGCCUGGACUAAAUGGAACACAAAUACUUGGAGGAGUAAACUAUGCAUCUGCAGCUGCUGGCAUCCUGGAUGAGUCUGGCCAGUACCUUGGGGAGAGAUUUCCCCUAUCCCAGCAGGUAAUAAACUUUGAAAACAACUUAUAUGAGCUAAGAGCAAUGCUUGGAGAGAAGAUGAGCGACUACUUAGCCAAAUCCAUUGUAGUGAUGGUCUUCGGCAGCAAUGACUACAUCAACAAUUAUCUUUUACCUUCUCUUUACACAACCAGUUACAACAACUACACAGCCGAGCAGUUCGCCAGUCUCCUCAUCAAUAGUUACACAAGACAGAUUCUGGCGCUUCAUAGUUUAGGCCUGAGGAAAUUCUUGUUAGCAGCAGUUGGUCCUAUUGGCUGCACACCAAACCAACGAUCUUUUUGGAACGGUCCGCCUGACCGAUGCAACGAUCAGGUAAAUGAAAUAGUAGACUUCUUCAACAGAGGGUUGAGAUCAGAAGUGGAUCAACUAAACAAUAACCAUCCUGGAGCAAUAUUUGUUUAUGGAAAUACAUAUGGAGCCAUUGGUGAUGUACUCAACAAUCCUGCAAACUACGGAAUGAGAAUUGUGGAUAGAGGAUGCUGUGGGAUUGAUAUGGGAAGAGGAGUAGAAAUAACAUGCCUUCCUUAUCUCACUCCUUGUGGAAAUAGGAAUGAGUAUGUCUUCUGGGAUGCAUACCACCCAACAACAGCCGUGAAUUUAAUACUUGCACAGAAGGCAUACGCUGGCCCCCCUACAGAUUGCUAUCCCAUCAACGUGCAGCAGAUGGUUCAAAUAUAACAGCAUUUUAUAUACAUUCUA